AGGAUCAGAUUUCCUGCUGCCGUCAUGGCGGCCAGAUGAAACUUUUGGUAAACUUAGAGGAGCCGUUCCCUCACACCGAGAAGCGUCGUCUGGUGGUUUCUUCUCGUUGUAACGGCUCCUUGGAGGCCGCUUUAUUUAGCAGCUCGUGUUAAAGGUGCUGUCAUGGCGGACAGAGCGGACAGGAGGAGGAAGCCAGCGGGGCGGAAGAGCCGACAGAGCCAGCCGAGGAAGAGCUCCGUCAGCCGGGUCACUCUGGAGAAGGUCCUCGGCAUCAGCACCGUCAGCAGCAGCUUCCUGACAUCUGACCCCAACUCGGGCCGUAUCGCCUAUCCCGCAGGGUGUGUGGCGGUGCUGCUCCACCCGCUGAAGAACGAGCAGAGCCACAUCAUCAACGGCUCCAGGAAGCCCUUCACGGCGCUGGACUUCUCCCACGAUGGGAAGCACCUGGUCACCGGAGAGAGCGGCUACAUGCCCUGCGUCCGGGUCUGGGAGCUGGGCGGCGGUCAGGUGGCCGAGGUCCAGGCCCACAAGUACGGCGUUUCCUGCGUGGCGUUCUCCUCCAACAGCUCCUACGUCGUCUCCGUGGGGUUCCAGCACGACCGCACCAUCAGCGUGUGGGACUGGAGGAGAGGCGCCAUCAUCGCCUCCAACAAGGUGUCCAGCAGAGUCUUCUCCGUCUCCUGCUCUCAGGACGGCAGCCGCUUCGUCACCGCGGGAAACCGACACGUCAAGUUCUGGGACCUGGACGCCUCAAAGGAACGGCGGGUGAACAGCACGGUGCCGCUGAUUGGGCGCUCCGGCUUGCUGGGCGACCACAGGAACGCCGUGUUCUGUGGCGUGGCGUGUGGGCGGGGCCUAACGGCGACCAACACCUACUGCGUCACCACCGGCGGCGUGCUGUGUCAGUUCAACGGCAGCCGGCAGCUGGAGGCCUGGGUGGACCUGAAGACGGCGGCGGCGAGCAGCCUGGCCGUCAGCGAUGACUUCGUCUUCUGCGGCUGCGCGGACGGCGUGGUCCGGGUCUUCCGGCCGUCCGACCUGCAGUACGUCGGCUCGCUGCCUCGGCCGCACCGCCUGGGCGUGGACCUGAGCCGCAGCGCGCCGCACAGCCCGUCGCCUGCCGGCUCAGAGGCGCCGCACCCCGACACGCUGGCCCUGACCUUCGACCCCCGGGGCCGACGGCUCGCCUGCGUCUACUCCGACCACAGCGUGUACGUGUGGGACGUGAGAGACGCUAGGAAUGCUGGGAAGCUUUAUUCUGCUCUCUAUCACAGCAGCUGCGUGUGGAACAUCCAGGUGUAUCCGGAGCUGGAGGAUCCGUCUCAGGCCUGCCUGCCUCCGUCCUCCUUCCUCACCUGUUCGUCUGAUAACACCAUCAGGCUGUGGCACUCUGACGCCUCCGUCAGGCACAGCAACCGCUACAGCCAGGACCUGCUGAGGAUCCUGUACGUGGGGCGGGACGUGCAGCACCUGCAGGCCGGGGGGGCCGAGGCCGAGGGCCCCGACGGCAAGGCGGGCAUCAGGGUGCUGGGGGUCAGUCCGGACGGCAAACAUCUGGCGGCCGGAGACCGCUGUGGGAACCUGAGGAUCUUCGCUCUGCAGUCCCUGGAGCAGCUGGUGAAGAUCGAGGCCCACGACUCGGAGGUGCUGUGCCUGGAGUUCUCUCCCGCGUCCACAGGGGUGAAGCUGCUGGCUUCUGCCAGCCGGGACCGACUGAUCCACGUCUUCAACCUGGAGAAGAACUACAGCCUGGAGCAGACGCUCAACGACCACUCAGCCUCCAUCACCGCCGUCAGGUUCACAGGUGAGAGUCCAGAGGUCCGGAUGGUGAGCUGCGGCGCCGACAAGAGCAUCUACUUCCAGGCAGCCGAGCAGACCGCCGAGGGUUUGACGUUCUCCAGGCGGCACCACGUGGUGGAGAAGACCACGCUGUACGACAUGGACCUGGACCCGACCGGCACUCGCGUGGCCAUCGCCUGUCAGGACAGGAACAUCAGGGUUUACGGCGUGGAGGCGGGGAAGCUGGAGAGGAGCGUCAGAGGCUCGGUGAGCGACGAAGGCGCUCUGCUCAAGGUCCAGAUGGAUCCGUCGGGCUCGUUCUUCGCCACCAGCUGCUCCGAUAAGAACAUCAGCGUCUUCGACUCAGACUCAGGGGAGUGCGUCGCCACGCUGUUCGGCCACUCAGAGCUGGUGAGCUGCAUGAAGUUCAGCCAGGACUGCAGACACCUGAUCUCAGCGUCAGGAGACAGCUGCGUGUUCGUGUGGCGCCUGGACCCCCAGAUGACCGGCGCCAUGAGGAAGAGGCGGGCGCUCCAAGUCAGCCGAGCAGCCAAGAGCCGCAGCCUCAGCAAGCCCAGCAUCAGAAGGGAGACCUUCAUCACCGUCCCCUCAUCCCAGCGGCUCCUGGUGGAGGAAGAGGAGCAGAAGGAUCUCAGGACUCCAGGAAAACUGGACCCUGAUCCAGAGACCUCGCUGCUCCAGACCAACGGGAAGCUGCCCAUGUGGUUCCGGAAGCUGGCUGAGGCCGACGGCGCUGUCCAAUCAGAACCGGAGCCUCAUCAGGCCCGCGGCCAGUGGGCGGAGCGUCUGAACCCGCUGAGCAUCUGCUCCAGCUUCUCCCCGAGUCCCAGCAGGAGCCAGGAGGAAGAAGAGGAGGAGGAAGAGGAGGAGUUUCAGCCUCAGAGUCUGGACAGCCUGCUGGGAGACGAGGAAGAGGAGACGGCGGAUCCAAACAGAACCUUCAUCCUCCACCCAGACUGUAGCUCCGCCUCUUCUGACAGGGACUUCAGAGUGGAGGGCGUGGCCGCUCCUCAGCAGGAGGUCAAAGGUCAGGGGGUGGAGCCUGCGUGGGGGACACACCUGAGUCCGGACUCGGCGUGCUCCGAAGGUUCGACAGGAAGUCUGGAGCAGCAGCACGACACAGACACGGACUCUCUGAGCCAGAGCAGCUCUGCGGGCAGUUUGGGUCCGGAGGAAGACGAGGACAGGAACUCUCUGAAGAACCACUUUGAAAGUCUGGCCUCCAGCCUGAACGAAGAACGCUUCGACACGGACCUGACGUCGCUGCAGCCGGCGGAAGAAAAAGCCUUCCUGAACCCCCGACUCAGCAUCUCCGCCCGCUUCCUGUCCCGCUUCCAGGACCGGCUCAGGGUCCGACCUGGUCGAGCUCUGAUCUCCAUUCCAGGCAGGAUCUCUGAGGAGAGCAGCAUCAGCGGCGGGGCGGUGGGAUCCGAGCCGAGCUGCUCCACCAAGGCUGCUGGUUCCACGCCGAGGGAGAACUGUGAUGGAGGGAGUGUGUGUGUGACCACAGUGAGAGGUAAAGCAGUCCUCCAUAGGAGAGCUUCCUGUGGGAUUUCCCAUCAGCCCCAGCGGCGUCCGGCCCGCAGACGACACACUGCGCUGGUGCUGCAGUGCAGGAGGACUUUAGGAGACAUCACCUCCAGGACUCAGACGGCCAAUGGCAGCGCAGAGCCUUCAGUCCCACAGGAGGAGGCUGGACUCGCAUGCCUGGACCUCCCCAGCAGCUCCAAACCCGGCGAGGACCCCCCAGCCUCCGCCCAGGAGGAGAACAAGGAAAACCGGAGCUGCGCCUUAGACCUCCAGCCUCCACCCACGCCCUCGCAGCCUGACGGCCCCGACCUGUGCACCAGAACCCUGGACCCGCAGGAGCAGAGCCGCAGUCUGCAGGUACUGGCCACGCCCACUCCGCUGAUGUCACAGUGUGGAGAAAGUAGGUGGAGCUUCAGCAGCCUGGAGGAGACGCCGACUGGAAGCCGAACACUAACCCAGAGCCCCGGCCCAACAGCGCCACCUGCUGUGAGAAAGGUGGAGCGGGAAACCAGAACCCAGACUGAACCAGCGCUCCUGGCCCCGCCCACUUCCUCCUCCUCUCCCUUGUCAGAGAGGCUCCGCCCUCAGGCCGCCGCCUCCACCUGUCGGACAGGUGAGGAGGAGGAGGCGGAGUCUGUCAGCUUGCUGCUGUGUCAGCGUGUUGCCAGCGAGCUGCGGCAGGCAACGCAACGAGCCGUGCUUCUUUACCGGCAGCAGGUCGGCGGCUCUGAGCGACGUCCAGAGGCCUCCGUUCUGCAGGAGGCCUUCGCCGCGGUUCUCGGGGAGCUGCAGGCUGUAACGGCGCCCCCUCUGGUCAGAUCCAGGAUGACCAGAUAACACAGCUGGGGAAACUCAGAGCUGAGCUUCUGGUUCCGAUCUCACUGAACAAACUGAAAAAAAAUCAGAACCAGAACCGGCAUCGGUACGGAGGCUGACAGAGGACCGAAUUCAGCCACUGACAGGAACUAUUAAACUAAAGGCACCUUAUUGUUUUACAGCCAGCAGUAUUUUAUUCCUUUUUACGUCAGUUUUUAUGAAACAAAGCUUUUACGUUUGUAAUAAAUGUCAUGUUUGAUCAACAUGUUUCACUACAAUCUUUAUUUUUUCAUUCAGCCAUGAACUGUUAAAACAACCCAAAAUCAAGAUGUU